CUCCGUUUGUUGUUCUUGGCUGGGGUUUAGCCUGUCUAAAUUUAGGCGGAUCUAUUUCAACACCCAUCCUCUGCCCUGGGGGGGGGAAGAGGACGGAGCAAAGGUAGCCGGGGAGGAAGAGCAGGGACCGCGGUGCCCUGCAGCGGGGUCCGCUCCCCGCACCCCCGGCUGGGCUUUCCACACCAGCACCCUGGAUUUUAUCCGGCUGCGAGGCCAUGGAGGUGCCCAGGACUGAGGUUGGCAUUUUCCCGGCUGUCAUCCCAUGGAUCUCUCUGGCUGUCACUUGGGGUAGAGCUGGGUGACAAGGACAAGCCAGCCCGUCUGUCCACCAGGGAAGGAGCUCCCUGCACUGGGAGCCAGCUCGUCUCCGGAGGAGGCUGAUGCAGGGGACCUGCUGAAUGAAGCGGAGACAAGCCAGAGGGUGAGCAACCCCCCAGGCUCUGCAUGGAUUGGAAUGGGGAAACCUGCCUGCAGUAAGAGCCCAGGGCAGCAGGAAAACCCCAGCUUCUUCCUUCGAGCUCUCUUCCUCCUCCUCUUCUGCAGGCAUGUUUCUUCCCAGUGCAAGAUCCUGCGCUGCAACUCGGAGUACGUGGCUGCCACCCUCAACCUGCGCGGCUCCAACAGGAACGCGGCGUACUGCAACGCCCUCCGCUCCUACUCCCACUGCACCCGCAAGACAGCUCGCACGUGCCGGGGCGACCUGGCCUACCACUCCGCCGUCCACGGCAUCGAGGACCUCAUGAUCCAGAACAACUGCUCCAAGGAGGGUCCCACAUCGCCGCCCCGACCCCGGCCCCCGGCCCCCAACCAUCAGGGCUUCGAGUCUCUCGAUAUCUGCAACUAUGAGAAGAGUUUUCUCUACAAGCACGGCCAGCCCCCCAGCUACCAGCACUGCGCGGCUUUCGGGGACCCCCAUAUCCGCACUUUCCAUGAUGACUUCCACACUUGCCGAGUGGAGGGCUCCUGGCCUCUCUUGGACAAUGACUACUUGUUUGUGCAAGCAACCAGCUCUCCAGUGGCGAAGGGGUCCAACGCUACGGUCACUAGCAAGACGGCUCGGGCGCUCUGCAAGGAGAUGCUGCCCGUGGAGGACGUCUACUUCCAGUCGUGCGUCUUCGAUGUGGUGACCUCGGGGGAUGCCAACUUCACCAUGGCGGCUCAUGGAGCCCUGGAGGACGCCAGGGUCUUCCUUCCCAACGCUGAGAAACUGCACAUCUUCCAGGCUGGGGCAGGCUGCCCGCGCAUCUCUUCUUCCUUCCUCCUCCUCCUCACCUCUGGUCUUCGGGCUGUUUUGUUGCACUUUUAACUCUCGCUGGCAUUGCAUACAGCAGAGGGGACACAUCCAGCCAGUCCAAGAGAACCGCUGACUCAAGACCCAUGCCGUGCGGAUCAAGAGGGAUGCCUUACCUCGGAUCACGUCUCUCUGCGGCAAUAAAGAAUCGGAGACCCAGACCUCUGGAGAGGGGAGCACUGGAGAUGAAAGGCGGUGAGACGCUGGUUUGCAUCCACUGUUCUUGCACGUACGGCACCGGUUGAACCUGGUUCCUCUCCCGAAGGCAGAUCACGGUUUUUUCUGUUGGAUUGUGAUGCAUUUUUUUUCUGAAGAUGAGGACGUUGCAGCCCUAUCAAAGAAAAAGAAACACACGGGGUGAAGACACGUUUAGAAAACCUCUCUGCCCCUCAAAGCCUUUCCAUAAACUUGCUUCACACCUUUCUUCUAGUGUCACUACAGCAGAGUUUUACUCAGGAACCCUACAGAUUCAGAAAUAAUGGGCUCAAAGCCCAGACCCCAAUUUUUAGAAAUCAAAAAAUGUUGUCUGGUGGAUUUGGGGCCCCUUCACCCAGCUGCUACCAAAGCAAUGCGAGAGUGAAGCAAGACAAUAAGUUGGUUAUCGGAGUGCCGUGACGAAGGUUUGAGAUUUUUGAGCUAGAAAUCACCCGUUUGGUACUGUAUUCUCCUCGCUCUGGAUUAGUAACGUGCUAAUUUCCAGCGUCGGGAGCUGCAGAGCGUCAGGUCUCUGGCAUUUCAGGCUACCGUUGCUAUUUUUCCUUGUUGUCUUGGCACCUGUCUAGGACUCAAUAUAGCCAGUUCUGGACUUUGGACCAGCGUUGAGUUUCAGUGAGGAAAAACACCCUUUGGUAUUCCCCUCCCUCGGGCCCAACUUUCUCCGUCGCUGUCACAACCCCAUUCAAAUCCAACCCAGACUGUGGGUUUGACGUGCAAAAGAGAGUUAGUAAUGGAGACGCGGAGCUGGCAAAAAGCCAUGUGGCUGUAUCGAUGGGCAGGGGAACGACUAGCAGAUGUACAUACAUCGAGAGGUGAGGCCAAAUUAGAUGUUUAAUAUAUUUAAGAGGUUUUAAGUAAAGCAGAUAGAGUAUAUGAUAAGAAAUAUUUUCCAUAUGCAAAGACUUUUUUUUUAAUUAAGAGGGCUCACAUUAAAAACUUUGCCGUUCCUGUCCCGUGGAGCUGUAAGAAGAGCCUUGCAAAGCCCUAGCCUUGUGGAGGCAAAGAAUUAAGCUGGCAGACGCGGGCAGGAUUUGGGCAUGCAGCUCGGGGAAGGAGAACUGCAGACCGUCCAGGUACGGAGGAUCUGUCGAGCUGUAAAGGGAGGUUUUACAAUUCAUGUUUCAGUAUAUCUGCAGUCUCUUUGGUCAGGUUUGGUUUUUUUUUUUUCCUCUGGUUCUUCUGCCGAGGGCACAAAGAGUAAACACAGAAAUGUUUCUUCAAUAUCUCAGCAUAUUUCCUCCUCCGACACACACUCAAAGCACACGGUGACUAGCGUGAGAGUUUCUCUGUUUCUUGCAUGGUGCUCUCGCUAAUCCCAGAAGGUUUUGACAUUAAAGGUGUCUAUUUUUGAAGUCCUCA